AUGAAGAAAAGGUAUCCCUUCAAGGAAGAUGUUAUAUGUCACCCGGGCAAGUGGACCACCAUGGAGAGAGGUAUCCAGUACCUAAAGGAAUCAGCUGUGCUGGAGGUGAUGUAUGAUGACCUGAACAAUGAUCAGUUAUCCAAAGAUCCAGAUGAAGUCAGUAAUGACCUGGAAAGACAGAGAGGAACUAAGGUGGAUGAAGUGGCUGGCCAACUCCAGCAAUACGAAAAAAGUGUCUCUUCCUCCCUAUGGGCCUGCACCUUGGCUGUGGAAAAACUGUCUGAAAAACUAUCCCAGGAGUUCCAGCAACUCAGAGAGGACCUGUAUGGACCAGUAUCUCAGCCAUUUAGAAGCAAGACCCCCCCCGGCGCCCCCCGGCUCUGCCUCUCGGCCCGCACCAUCGGCUUCGUGCGCCUCAACUGCGAGGUGCCCGCGGUCACGCUGCAGCUGAUGAACAUCCGCCGCUGCGGCCACUCCGACAGCUUCUUCUUCAUCGAGGUGGGGCGCUCGGCCGCCACCGGCCCCGGCGAGCUCUGGAUGCAGGCGGACGACUCGGUGGUGGCCCAGAACAUCCACGAGACCAUCCUGGAGGCCAUGAAGGCGCUGAAGGAGCUGUCCGAGUUCCGGCCCCGCAGCAAGAGCCAGUCCUCCUCCUCCUCCUCCGGGGGGGCCGCCGGGCCCGGCGGCGGGGGCGGGGGCGGCGAUGACUACAGGCCCAUGAGCCCCACCAGCGUGUCGGCCCCCAAGCAGAUCCUGCAGCCCCGGGCGGGGGUGGGCGGCGGGUCCCCCGGGAACGGGAGCAGCUACAAGACCAGCUCGCCCGGGGAGAGCUCCCCUGACGAGAGCGGGUACAUGCGGAUGUGGUGCGGCUCCAAGCUGUCCGUGGAGAGCUCGGACGGGAGGCUGAGUAACGGCGACUAUAUCAAUAUGUCCCCUCGGGACCCCCAGCACGGGCCCCAGGCUCCCUCCCUCACCCCCCCUGACUUCUUCUUCGCCCCUUCGGGGCACGGGUCCAGCGAGCCCCCCAAGCCCGGCUGCUAUUCGUACAGCUCCUUACCCCGCUCCUACAAGAGCCAGGGCCUGGCGAAGGACAGCGACCAGUACGUCUUCAUGAACUCCCCGGGGAGGAUGAUCCCGGAGGAGGCGGUGUGCGGAGCGGGGCAGUCCCCCGCCGGCACCUUCGCCCCUUCCAGCCACACGGUGCCUUCGCCCCUGCGGCACAGCCGGACCGAGAGCUUCCUCAGCCAGCGCUGCCAGCGGGUGGCCCGGCCCAGUCGCCUCUCUUUGGAGACCUUGCGGACGAUGCUGCCCAGCAUGAACGAGCACCCUCUGCCGCCCGAGCCCAAGAGCCCCGGCGAAUACAUCAACAUCGACUUCGGGGAUGCUGCCAUCUAUUCUCCCCCCUCGCUGCCUGCCGAUAGCCCGGCCUCCUCCCUGGGCUCGGGCACGGGGCAGAGGCGCUCCCCUCUCUCUGACUACAUGAACAUUGACUUCGGGUCACAGUCGCCCUCCCAGUCGGGCACGGUCUCGGUGGGCUCCCUGGAAGCGCUCUCGCCAGGCUCUUCCUCCAGCACCAGCCAGCCCGACGGGCGCUACCUGAAGGCGGCUGUGGGGGUGGCUUGUUCGUCCAGCCCGUCCGACGGUGGGGAUUACACCGAGAUGACCUUCGGCAUGGCCACCACCCCACCCCAACCCAUCGUGCAGAAGCCAGAAAGUGCCCGGGUCACCAGCCCCACGGCUGGGGUGAAGAGGCUCACCCUCUCUGGGGUGGAGGCGUUCAUUCUCUCCAGCCCUCCCCCAGACCCGAACCGGGGGGCCAAGGUCAUCCGGGCGGAUCCCCAGGGGCGCAGGAGGCACAGCUCGGAAACUUUCUCCUCCACCACCACUGUGACCCCCGUGUCCCCCUCCUUCGCACACAACCCCAAACGGCACAACUCGGCCUCGGUGGAGAAUGUGUCCCUCAGGAAAAGCGAAGGCCUGGAGGAGGAGCAGGGGAGCAGCCCCAUGUGCCGGGAGACCUCGGCUGGCUUCCAGAACGGCCUCAACUACAUCGCCAUCGACGUGGUGGACGGGACCCUGGCAAACUGUGACAAAGCCAGGUCGAAAGCCAGGCAUGUCCUGAACGGGGGCAUCAACGGAGUGGAGAUGAGCGCCUACGCCAGCAUAGACUUUCUAUCUCACAACCUGAAAGAAGCGAGUGCUGUGAAAGGUGAGUAG